AAACCUAGACUGCCUUUUCGAUAUUCACGAGGAGCAUUUAAAAAUACCGUGUUGAAUUAUGGCAAAAUUUCAAUAUCGAUUCUGUAGUUGGUUUAUGCAUGUCGAUUGAUCUAAACAAUGAAGGUUAUCGCGGCCUGUAGAUAAAGUUAAAAUUGGGAUUAAUGUCUGCAAAAAAGUCAGUGAAUAUAAUCCGUUCGUUUCUAUAUACUCCUUAAACUACUUUGUUUCAUCGACACCAUUCGAGGGAUUUUAAAAACAAGAACCAUGCGGAGUGACGGUUGCGAAGCAAUUAACGAGAAGGCCAGGCUGCGUGAACGGUCGUAAUAAUGCCAUUUACAAGUAAUAGCACAAAUGGGCUGUGGCAACGCAAAACAACAAGCCAUAGAACAAGUCCUUCCGGAACAAAGAAAGAAGGGAAAAACUGUGGUCUUUAAGGAACCUCCUGUUGACGUCAUAAACUAUAUCCAGCCAGUACGAAUCAGGAAUCGGCGCAAAUAAUUACACUGAAAACAUGGGCUGUGGUCAAACCAAGCCGGCAAAGAAUGAAUCUCAGAGAAAAUCUGUUACUUUCAAAGAACCCCCUGUAGAUUUCAUUGAACCAGAUUCAAAUACUGCUUUCUUCUCAAACCCGCUACCGGUGCAGACAUCAGAAAAUAGCUUAUACCCUCCACAGCCUCCAAAGACCAAGCGACUGGAGAUCAUUCCAGACGAUGCCAUGUUUCAUUCUUUAGAUGACCAUGCAUUAAGGGCUCCGAGAUCAGCAGAUUCAUCUGUUGAAGCUUUAUCCAGGUACCUGACAAAACCAGCCAGAAACCAUGUACAGAAAUGUCGAGUCUUUUACAGAUGGAUUACAAACAACAUAUCGCAAGUCUUACUUUUAUUCUUAAUUCAUUUUAUAUAUGACACGGCAGCAUUAUUUCAAGGUAAAAAGAAGCCCCUUGAUGCUGAGUCAGUUCUUAAACUGAAAACGUCUGUUUGCAUAGGUUACGCCAAUCUUUUCAGUGCUUUGUGUAGGUGUUCUGAGGUUACAGUGCAAACGAUAUUCGGAUACGCAAAAGGCUAUAACUACAACCCAGAAAUUCGAUUUGAAUACGGCCACGCUACAAGUCAUGCAUGGAACGCAGUACACGUGGACGGAGAAUGGCGCUUUGUCGAAUGUACCUGGGGAGCGGGCAAUUGUGAUGAAUUUAAGAAGUUCCACUUCGAUUACCAUGACCAUUUUUUCUUCAUGGAUCCCGAUCUUUUUGUUUUAACUCAUUUUCCUUAUGAUCUGGAUAUCAAAAUGGCACUAACAUGGCAGCUCCUGACGGAACCCUGGUCACUGGAUAAAUUCAAUUCGUAUAUAAAACCUUCUAUGAAAUCCAUUGAGUGGGGUAUAGAGUUUGUUUCACAUCACUCGAGUAUUGUAUUCACAAAUGCUGAAUCAGUUAUUGAAUUAAGAAGUAACCGAACAAAGCUAGCGGUCCUCCACGGAGAGCUUAUUCCAGAGAAAGGACAAAACAACAAGCCAUAUACCUAUGCAUACAAAAGCGGAUCAAAUGAAUAUAAGGUGAUCGUUCGACCACCUUCUGUUGGAAAAUUUACACUUCGCAUCUUGGCUAACAUUAAGGACGAGGACGAAGCAUUCACACUGGUCUCGUAUGUUAUCAAAUGUGUGAGUACACAGGGACUCGUUCGUUCUUUUCCAUACCACUGGAGACUCUGGGGGCCUUCCGAGAGUUGUAAAAAUCACGGGCUGAUUUAUAAAAAGGGAUCCUGUCCCUUCAUCAUGACAGAAAGUGGCGAAGUAGAAAUAAAAUUACCUGUAGAAAAAGAAAUAGAAGCUUCAUGCAGACUGAGUCAUGCUGAAAAUCUUGUAAGAGAAAGUGACGAUUACGUCAUGACGGAGAUUAACGGUGGGUUUUUACUUGCUCGAGCAAGGCUUCCUAAGGAAGGUCAUUAUAAACUGGAGAUCAUGGUAAGGUUGGAUGAUGAAAACUAUAAAACGAUGUUGACGUACCUCCUUGAAUCGAAACAAACGCUUCCGAUGAUCCACAAACUCCCAAAAUGUUACAGAGCAGCCCGGGAGUUCCAGUGUCUUCUGCUUGAACCACUGACGUAUGAACUACCAAGAAACACAAAGAUGCGCAUAAGAUUAAAAUGUCCACAAGAUUUGAGUCUAGUACUCAAGAAACAAAGUAUUAAAGUGGAAAGGACUCACGAGGUUUGGGACUUCCUUUCUACUACCCCUAGUGCUGGUGAAAAAUUUUGCAUUUCAGGAAAACUACAAAAUGAUUAUAGUAAUACUCGGUCAACAUACAAAGGGUUAUAUGAAUUUUCUAUAAUAUAAAAAUGUUGUAUCAGUUUACAUUACUUUCGCAAUACUCAUACUUAACUGAGAGCAAUAAAAAGUAAAUACAUGUA